AUGGCGCAUAGAGGCUCCAUUAUUGCGCGUUAUAGCCUGGACACAAAAAAUAGCCGAGGAAAUUACUCAAAUAAAACAGGAGGAAACUGAUGCUGGACUAAGCACGUAUUUUUUUGAAGGAGGGGGUGAGAAAGAGAGGGGAGGGGCAGAUAGCGAGGGAAGGAGGACACAGAGAGAGAGAGAGAGAGGGAGGGAGGACGGAGAGAGUAACAAGAAAUUCAUAGCAAUUAAUAAUAAAAAGUUUUGGCAGUCGUGCUUGGAAAACUGGCAUGGUUUUUGGAGGCUGGCAGUUCAAAGUUGAAACGUCAGAAAUUACUCCAAAAGACUGCUGAGAUGAUCAUUAAGGGAGACUUAGAUCGGAUGGCAGAAGAGAUCGGGCAUCCAGAUAUCUGCUGUUUUAGGUGGCGGUCUGACGACGAUGCUCCAUGCCAUGGAAGUCCCAAGUCAUGCUAGACACCUCCUCCUGCAACUCAACACCCAGCGCACCAAGGGCUUCCUGUGUGAUGUCAUCAUCGUGGUGCAGAACGCGUUGUUCCGAGCCCAUAAGAAUAUUCUGGCCGCCAGCAGCCUCUACCUGAAGUCCCUGGUCGUCCAUGACAACCUCAUCAACCUAGACCACGAGAUGGUGAGUCCCGGGGUGUUCCGGGUCAUUCUAGACUACAUCUACACGGGCCGUCUGACGGAGGGAGACCCCAGCUCCCCAACAGAGCCCAACCUGGGGGCCGUGCUGGCUGCAGCUAGCUAUCUGCAGCUGCUGGACUUAGUGGCACUGUGUAAGAAGAAGAUGAGGAGAAAUGGGAAGUACCCUCUCCGCCCCACUCCUGCCUUUCUGCCUUAUGGGAAGAUGGGCCCCAAUAGUUUGGGUUUAGGGGGAGGGGGCAGGUAUCGGGUGUCCACCCCUGUUAUUCAGUCCUGCUACCCAGGGGGAGUUGUGAACACCCACACGCCCCGCGCCCCACCACUAGAGGAGCUGCCACCCCACCCCCAUGCCACCCAUGCAGGGGAAUUGUAUGCCCCCACCUCCUCUCAGGGCUCUCAGGUGUUCCCCUCCACACCCUCAGCCCUGCCUGCCCAGCCCAGCCUGCGCCCAGCUCACUCUGACAGGAACUGCUCCCCCAUCUAUGGCCUGGACCUCUCCAAGAAGAGCCCCAACUCCCAGUCCCAGAACACUCCCUCCCACCCCCACCUGGCCCACGCCCUGCCCCACCACGAUGAGGAGCGGGAGGGGGGGCUGAGCGGCCGCACCAGCCCAAUGCCGGGGAACAAUGGCGGGGCCUACCCCACAGAGAAGAUGGAGACAGCUGAUCAGGCUGGGUCUCUCCCACCUCAUUCUUACCCCCACCUUAAUAAGCCCCUGGGGCCCCACCUCCACCGCUCCAGCUCCCAAGGUCCAGACCACUACCCCUGCCCCCUCAGCCCCGACACCCCCACAGAGGCUGGAGAGCCCAGCAGGGAGGUGGGCAACAUCUACCGCUGGGUGAAGCAUGAGCCACUGUCAUACACAGCUGAGGAUGAAGAGGAUGACGAGGAUGACGAGGAACGGGGUGGAAACGGAGACCAAAACCACCAGCAUCACAACCACCAUCACAAAGCAGGGGAGGAGAGCGAUGAUCGCUACCGUAGGGUGGGCUGUGAUGGGGAGGAGGAGAAGAGUGGCUCAGGCAGUGAGGGGACAGGCAGUAGUGAGGGUCGACCAUCACCCACAAGGGCCAUGGGGAGGUUCCACCUACCCUACGAGCCUGAGAGCUUUGGGGACAACCUGUACGUGUGCAUCCCCUGUGACAAGGGCUUCCCCAGCUCUGAGCAGCUCAACGCCCACGUGGAGACCCACACAGAGGAGGAGCUGUACUCUGGAGGGGAGAUGGGCAGCAGCAACCCCAAAAACAACAGUAGCAAUAGCAAUGGUAACGGCAGCCUGAACAGCCUGGAGGGGAAGUCCAGCCAGAGCCUGACUCCUGGGGUCCUGGGGGAGAUCAUCAGACCCUAUCGCUGUAACUCCUGUGAGAAGUCCUACAAGGACCCGGCCACGCUGCGCCAGCACGAGAAGACCCACUGGCUCACAAGGCCCUACCCCUGCAGCAUCUGUGGCAAGAAGUUCACCCAGCGCGGCACCAUGACCCGCCACAUGCGCAGCCACCUGGGACUCAAGCCCUUUGCAUGCGACCACUGCGGCAUGCGCUUCACCCGCCAGUACCGCCUCACAGAGCACAUGCGCAUCCACUCCGGGGAGAAGCCCUAUGAGUGUCAGGUGUGCGGGGGCAAGUUCGCCCAGCAGCGCAACCUCAUCAGCCACAUGAAGAUGCACAGCAGUGGGGGGGGCGGAGGGGCUCUGACGGCCGACGGAAAGCUGAAGCUGGACUUUUCAGAGGGGAUCUACCCCCUGAGUAAAUACGCAGCAGAGCACCUGGGGCUGAAGCAGGAGAAGGCCUCUGAGCUGCUGGCAGAGCAUGCCAUGGAGAGCCUGUUCCCGUUGUCCAAACUGGCAGCCGAACACCUGCGCCUCAACCACCAUGACAAGAUGGAUGUCCUGGGGGUCCAGGCCCUGCCCCCUCCCCCAGGGUCCCUCUCUGACUUUCACUCUCGUACCAUUGAACGCUACUCCCCCAGCUAAAACCCUCUGACCAGUCACCCCCAGCAAGGCCUUGGCUACCACACAAUCCUGUGGGCACACAACUUAACUUACAGUAUUCUAAUGUCAUUCACCUCAACUCCAUCAGUAUCUGCACCUCAGACUAAGGCCAAUACUUGGCCUAAAGAAUGCCCACAAACUGUGUAGACUCUUAUAAGUGCCUUUCUUUCCUAAGUUUGCAUUAUAUGCAUUUUAAAGACCUUCCUAGAAUGAGAAACGUGCUAUUUCUAUUAUAUUUUGACCAAGGAAUACCCACUCAAAACAGUGUAGUAUUUAUGUAUACGCAAACCACCGAUCCAAAAACAAAUUGAGAACCAAAGAUACAUUUUUCUUAGUUUUUUGUACAUAAUGAAAAACCAAAGAAACUGUUGCCAGAAAGUGUUGUAAUCUGACCCUACACCUGUGUACUAAAUGUACUUUUGUACUACUACUAUUGUAAUUGUACAUAAAAUGGGAAAAAAGCACAUAUGGACAAGAUUCAGGGCUCCUGUCCAGAACUGAAAGGACUGUUGGACAAAAGAAAAAGCCAAAGCUUUGGGAUUUGCAAUUGAUUGGAACACUUUUUCUUAAUUUUGUUUUUUGGGGUACUGGAUUUUUCUCUCUAUCUCCCUAUCCAGUUUUACGCCAUGCUCCAGCUGUUCUAGUCACAAGGGAGGGACUAACUGAAAACAGCAUUCGCUCCACCAUUUAGGUAAAGUUAUCUGUGCUUUGUUUUUCUACCGUUGUUAUGUACUCUGAUCAUGAUGUUGUGUACAGAGAGACUGAUAUUAAGUGACAGUAAUAGUAGCUUAAUGACUUGUACACUCAGUGCCAUAACCCUUUGAACCCAUAACCUCUCUUUAUUCGUAUUUUUCCAAUCAUAUUUUGACUUGCAUCCAGGUGCCUUCAAAUUGUUAUUGAGAAAGUAGCGAGUAGCACAACCCUGUGAUCUCACAACUGGGACGCAUCAUGGUGCAUACCCAACUGAUGACACGCCAAUCCUUCUCCAUGGCUUUAACAUCCAGUGAUGUGGAGUGUAGACUAAGAAUGGGUGUUGCCUGUGACGUUGUGUAAUAUACUGAACAAAGAUAUGAACGCAACAUGCACCAAUUUCAAAGAUUUUACUGAGUUAUAGUUCAUACAAGGAAAUCAGUUACUUGAAAUAAAUUCAUUAGACCCUAAUCUAUGGACUUCACAUGACUGGGCAGGGGUGCAGCCAUGGGUGGUCCUUGGAGGGCAUAGGCCCACCCACUGGGGAGCUAGGCCCAGCCAAUCAGAAUGAGUUUUUCCCCACAAAAGGGCAUACCCCCUCAGAUGAUUCCGCAGGUGAAGAAGCCGGAUGUUGAGGUCCUGGGCUGGUGUGGUUAUACGUGGUCUGCGGUUGUAAGGCUAGUUGGACUUACUGCCAAAUUCUCUAAAACAACAUUGGCGGCAGUUUGGUAGGGAAAUUAACAUUAUGGCAGCUAUGUUGGGCAUUCCUGCAGUCAGCCUGCCAAUUGCACGCUCCCUCAACUUGAGACAUCUGUGGCUUUGUGUUGUGUGACAAAACUACACAUUUUGAAGUAGCCUUUUAUUGUCCACAGCACAAGGUGCAUCUGUGUAAUGAUCAUUCUGUUUAAUCAGCUUCUUGAUAUGCCACCUGUCAGCUGGAUGGAUUACCUUGUCAAACUGACAGGGAUGUAAACAAAUUUGUGCACAACAUUUGAGCGAAAUUAACUUUUUGUGCUUAUGGAAAAUAUCUAGGAUUUUUAUUUCAGGUCAUGAAACAUGGGACCAACACUUUGCAUUUUGCGUUUCUAUUUUUGUUCAGUGAAUUUACAAUGGUGUGUACAGCUAUUCAACUCACCAGAGGAGAGCACAGAGAGGCCAUCCAAGUCAGUGCUGAGAGGCUUGAGUCAAUUACUCCUAAUCAGUCUCUAUCAAUAGCAGCAAUUGCUCUAACACAGAUGAUUCAUCAGCACUGACAAUUGUCCCAUUCUGAGCAUAAAUAGUACUAACCACGUUGAAUCCUUUUGACCCAUAGUAGUCUCAACUCUGACAGAGGGCUGUGCUAUCAUUGACAGGCCAAAGUGACUGCUCCACUGCUGCCUUAAUACACACACGUUCACACACACACAGGGACUGGGAGCUGCUAAUGUGACGACGUUGUGAACAUGAGAGCUGGGCGCUAGCUGCCUCUGACAGUGCUCUGCUCGUGGUGCGGCGGCAGGCAGCGCUGUCUGUGUGGGUGAACAGCACAGCCCAGCUGCUGGCCUCCCAGUCUUCCAGUAAUCCCUGUGAAAUCUCACAUUCUCCCUGACAAUUCACACUGUCUGUCGGCCUGACGGCCCAUUUCAUGCCUGCCAUCCAGCCCCUCUGAUCCACACCAUAACAAGACACCCAAGCACUGCCGAGCCGAGUCCUACAUCUGCCCUUCCCUGUCUCCCUGCUUAGGAGGCUAUCAGUACAGUGCAGUGGCACGUCUCUAUCAACUGAUGAGCACUUAUGGGUUUGGGGUUGAAGGCACUUAUUGUUUUGUUGUUAAAUGUUUUAGAAUGUUUAUUCCAAAGAGCAUGCUGGCUUAUUAUUUGUCUAUGUUGUCGGACCUUAUGUGCGAUUGGAGUUUGUUGACCACUAUAGUGCCAAUGCCAACCUCAGUAGGUGAAUGUGAAGACUAAAGCCAUGAAUGCACUGUGAUAGACUUAGUGAAUCUUAAAACCUUAGCUUGGAGACUGAGACAAUAAUCCCUACUAUUGUGGGAUUGUAUUAAUGUACAACAUUAAUUGAAGGGUUUUAUUCUGUAGCAUAAUGAGCAUAUCAAGGUGUUGUUUUUCUGUCCCAUAUUUUCUUUCUUGAUUUUGAACCAAAGCAAAGUGAAACUGGUGCUUACCUCAGGACUGAACCCAGCAUGGGGACGCGACGCUUUAGCUACACAGCAACCAAACAACACAUACGUACACACUUACACACGUACACACUUACACACGUACACACGUACACACAUACACACUUACACACUUACACACUUACGUACAUGCAGACAGAGACACACAGACAUUUACAUACAUUUUCAUUUUUUAUUUUGAGGGGACAAUAGUCCUGUGUUAAACCUGUGGUUAUUUCAUGGUUAUGAGAUGUUUUACUUGUCUUACCAUUUUGUUGAUAACAUGUGAUAUGAACAUUUUCCUCUUAUUUUAAUAUGCUGUGUACAUGUUCCUUUUUACUGUCCUAAUAGAGGGUUUGUAGGGGUUUGACCAAUGACGUUAUCUUUAAGGAAAAGUCAAGCUGGUGAUUUUCUCUUACCUUUGGAAACAAAAGUGUUAACUUUAUUUCAACAGAAUAUACAAAUGUAAAUGUUGAUAGGGCUUGUAAGGCAAGACAUAAGGGAAUACCUCUGGUUCCAAAGAAACGUAUAUACUGUCUAUGUGAAUUAGGUCUUUUAUUUUUCACCCGAAGCCUUAAUGUUUAGUGACGUGUUUGGUUGCACACCAGGAGUGAUGUAUUUCUCAGUAUUUCCCUAAACAGAUAAACAGUGGCUGGGCUCUGAGUGGAUGAAAGCUAUAGCCUCAAGUUGUUUGACCCAUUUCUCUGGAGGAGGCUUUGUGAGCUGAUGAUGAAUAAGGCUGUGUGUAUUUAUACACAAACACACUUUAAGCCAGCUUGUUUUGGACUGCAGGACAUGCAGCGGUUCCCAGCAGCCUACGUGAAACACAAAAAUCCACACUUGGCUCCAAAGUUAAUUUAGAAAAAUAGUCUACAUUGAAACUGUAUGGGCACAGCUGUUUUGUUAUAACAUAAGAAACUAGUUUAAAUGACAUGUGAAUUGACAGGGGCAGUGGACAAUAUCAAUCUUCGAUUUAUCAUGGCAGCAUGAGGUUGGACCACAGACAUGUGAAGCCCCAUAGAUGAGAGGGAACAGCCCAUUUGAAGUUGAUGUCAAUGGUGGGAAUAUAAAUCUCUCCUGCUCGUUCUGUCUCUCAUUCAUUAGUUCACUCUCACUGAGUUUAUCUCCCGUUUCCUUGUCUCGCACCGUUAAAACAAGAAAGAAAUAGUUUCCACUGACACUCCAAAUCUGUACAGGAAGAGAGAGGCAGAUAAUGUCCAGCGUUACUGUUCUGAAAUUACAUAUAGGGGGGCAGAGAGUGUGGUGUGUGUGUGUGUGUGUGUGUGUGUGUGUGUGUGUGUGUGUGUGUGUGUGUGUGUGUGUGUGUGUGUGUGUGUGUGUGUGUGUGAGUUUAAAGGGGGAAGUGUUGGUUUGUCUGUUUGUGUCCACAUGCUAUUUGAGUGUAUGAAUGGCUGUUAAUGUAUGCUCUGGGAAUAGUUCUGGUGUGAAGGAGAGCAGAGGAGUGAAGGAGCAGGAAAUGAACUGUUGGCUGGGCCUUAGCGUUGAGCAGGAUGUGCAGUGUGUAUCUGCUUGCAGACCGAUAGAGACACAGAUGAAGAUUGGGAGGGAGUAGGGAGGGAGAGGAGCAUGGAGAGCUCAGCAGGGUGGACAUAAGCCCAUUGUUUAAAUAUGAAAGACUGAUCUUAGUUCUAAACCUCGCCAUUCAGAAAACAUUAAGAGCCUCCCUAUCUUUUUCCCUUCUUCCUUCCUUUUAUUUUGUUUUCAUUUUUUUCUGAAAACUCUUAACAAAUUAAAGGUCUAAUGAAGCUGUUUUUAUUUAAAUAUUACAUCCUUUCUGGGUAUUAAUUAAGUACCUUACUUUGAUUGUUUCAAUCAAAAUUAUCCCAAAAAAUAGCUUCUUAGCAAAGAGCAAUUUCUCAAGCAAGUCUGUCUGGGAGUGAUCUGAGUAGGGAGGGGAAAAUUGAAAACUAGCUGUUAUUGGCAGAGAGGUUUGGAAUUCUCUUUCUUAUUGGUCUAUUAACAACAACAACAAAAAAUGUUGAGCAUGGCCUUAUUUCUAUUGCAGCAUAUUGGAUCACUGUCAUUCAGAUUCCAUUCACCCAGUUCAAUGUAAUGUGAUAGGUUUAGGCUACUACAUGAUAAUCAAAUGUUCCCUAUACCCAGCAUGAGGUUGCUACAACCCAGCCUAUGAAUGAAAGUUUACAAUGUAGGUGCACACAGGUCGAGAGAAACAUUUGAGGUGACACUUGCCUGUAUCUAGCUGAUCUAGGAUGUAAUCAUUAGUCUAGGAUGUAAUCAUUAGUCCAACAGUUGCAAACAAGAGUUUCUAUUGGACAAAUUCAUGUAUGUUUAUCCCCGUUUCGUUUUUUUCAACAGAAUCGGCAGAAUGAAUACACCCCUGAUCACGCGUAAACACAGUUCACUUUGAUAGCAGCCAUAUUGUAUUCCUUCUGUCAUCUAUGCACUCUCCUCCUCUCACCUUUUCCCUUCACUUGUGGACUUCAAUGCACAACACAUCAGCUGUCUGUGACCAGGCAAAAAAACCUUUCCAAACCAUAUCAGAACCGCUACACACGGUCUACACUGUUGUCACCAUAUUAGCUAAAGUAACGUCCUAGUCAACAUAGCUAAUAGAACAAAUGUGUUAGUAAACCCGCUACAAUCAAACAGUACAUUUACAAUGUACAGUCAGUAAGCAGUUUAGCACUUACACCGAUGGGCCCCAGUGGCAAUAAAUUAGUAAAACCAAAAGCUUACCUUGAAUGGGAAGAGUUCCAGUGUUGUGUUGGAUAGUCAUAGCCAGCUAGCCAACAUAGCAUCCCUCUGUUUGAGCAGGUUGUUUGAAUAGGCUAAACUAGCUAGCUGCAUUUGCUAGCUAAGUAAGUGAGCCUGAAAAACAUUACAAAUUCUCUAUCUCACCGCAUUGUAUGCACUGCAGUGUUAACUAGCUGUAGCUUAUGCUUUCAGUACUAGAUUAAUUAUCUGAUGCUUUGAUUGGGUGGACAACAUGUCUGUUCAUGCUGCAAGAGCUCUGAUAGGUUGGAGGACAUCCUCUGGAAGGUGUCACAAUUACUGUCUAAGUCUAUGGAAGGGGGUGAGCACCAUGAGCCUCCUAGGUUUUGUAUUGAAGUCAAUGUACCCGGAGGAGGACAGAAGCUAGCUGUCCUCUGGCUACACCAUGGUGCUACCCUACAGAGUGCUGUUGAGGCUACUGUAGACCUUCAUUGCAAAAAAAAGUGUUUGAAUCAAUUAUUUGGUGACGUGAAUAUAUUUUGUAUAGUGUUAUCUAAACAGGAUAACUUUUUAAAUGUUUUACCAUUUUUAUGACAUUCACUGAGGAGGAUGGUCUUCCCCUUCCUUCUCUGAGGAGCCUCCACUGGUUCCCACAGUGGACCGGGUUGAAUUAGAAGGGAAGGAGAGACUUGACACUUUCAUUCUUUAUUACAAGCAGCUGCUUUCCUCCAUUUAUUCCCCCAAACUGCACUUUUCUGGAAAAUUCAUUGAAUUAUAAUUUUUAUUACCCUCAUGACCCCCUAAAACCCUCCUCAAUUGCCUUUCCUCUCGCAUGUUGCUUCCUCCUUGUCCUCCUUUUCCUCUCUCCCCGAUCCAACCACUGAUCUCCCACUUUUUCUUCCUUCGUUACCUCAAAGCACUGCUCUCACCUCCGUCUGUCUCCCGCUCUCUUCUUGACACUCAGCACAAACCACUAGCCCAACCCUCCUCCUCUACUCCUCCUUCCCUACGCCUCCUCUCUCCCAUGAUCAAGUUGCUUCCAGUUGUUUUUCCUGCUGAAGAAGACAGUUGUCUAAAUGUUUAUGCGAACAACUACUUUCUUUUUCUUAACACCCUGAUCAAGUUCCAAAAUGAACUUCAAAAUUUGACGACGUUAUUAUGUGCUUGCUUUUCAUGUCCAGAAUUAUUUUUCAAAGGAAUAUAAGAGACAGAGAGCAUCAUUAUUGAGGAAACGCAGGAUAAGACGAGAAAUGUUCAGAGGGAAAUAUGCUAAGAAAGAUGCCAGUAAAGUAAACAUGAGUGGAUGAAAUUGCACAAUUGAGCCAGACCACAGCUCCACUAGCCAAGUCAUGUGCUGAGAUGGAGAGGGAGAGAAAGAAAGAGAGAGAAAGAAUGAGAGAGUUGAAGUACCAGUCAUAGCUUAAGUAAACAACAUAGAAAAAACUGAGUGGCGGUGAACUGCUGCAUCGUCAGGUUUUCAUGUUGGCGUCUCAGUCUGGGUGCCCUCAGCAUUGGUGUCUUCUUACCAGGCCUUCAAAUCAUCACCCAGUCUCCACAUGACAGAGACAGACAGUCUUUGUUGAAGCAGAGGAGGGAGUUGUGGCUGGUGGCUGCCCCAUGUCUUCUUCAGUGUGUUUUGCUUGGAGCGUUCUGUCUCCACCAGGCAGUGAAAUAGUCAGACCGCAGACCUGAUCAACAGACAAGACAGAGUACGAAGACACCGUGUAAUCUAGAAUAUCAUAUUGCCGUUUCUCAAGGCUUGACUCUAUUAAUAUGAUUCAUUUACGGUACUUCUCCUAAAGUGAAUUGACUGAAACAACAAACAACUUAACAGGAAAACACAACUAUUUGGGUGAAAAUAGCAGUUCAGUUUGGGAUCUAAUCUGGGGUCUAAUAGUCAUGUAUGAGUACACAGAUACACACAGACACAAACAAAACGCAGACACACGAACAAACACACAGCUGGAUGGCAGACUGCCCUGUCACUGUUCAUGACUGGCUGUUCCAGAUUAGGUCAGAUUUAAUUAGGCUUCCCUGCUCCAUUUGGAGUGUCAGUUCUUGUAGAAAAAGUCAUUACUAAAGCAAAGGCAAUGUUACUGACGGCCUGAACUGAACACACACUGAGAUGCCUGCCAGAAUGUCACAGAGCCGAGGGUCCACACACUCCUAAACACACUGCCCAUUUACAUUAAACUCACACACACAACCAAUUUGAUCCCAUAUAGAAAUGGUGGAUUUGGUCCAUCAUCUGAUAAAGAUAUCCGGGGGCAUUGAGGUGGAAGAAGGAUUUGAAUUUGUGGUUGUAGAGUUGGAAAGUUCAGCAGGUAUGUAGACUGAAUAGGGAUAGGCGGGGUAGGAAAGUCCAGCAGGUAUGUAGACUGAAUAGGGAUAGAGAGAGUAGGAAAGUUCAGCAGGUAUGUAGACUGAAUAGGGAUAGACAGAGUAGGAAAGUUCAGCAGGUAUGUAGACUGAAUAGGGAUAGACAGAGUAGGAAAGUUCAGCAGGUAUGUAGACUGAAUAGGGAUAGACAGAGUAGGAAAGUUCAGCAGGUAUGUAGACUGAAUAGGGAUAGACAGAGUAGGAAAGUUCAGCAGGUAUGUAGACUGAAUAGGGAUAGACAGAGUAGGAAAGUUCAGCAGGUAUGUAGACUGAAUAGGGAUAGACAGAGUAGGAAAGUUCAGCAGGUAUGUAGACUGAAUAGGGAUAGACAGAGUAGGAAAGUUCAGCAGGUAUGUAGACUGAAUAGGGAUAGACAGAGUAGGAAAGUUCAGCAGGUAUGUAGACUGAAUAGGGAUAGACAGAGUAGGAAAGUUCAGCAGGUAUGUAGACUGAAUAGGGAUAGACAGAGAAAGGGGAAGACAGAAGCACUGAACUUACAGUAAAACAACCAAUUGACAUCAGAUAUUAUUCUGUCUCCAGGGAGAUAAUGGAACUUUAUUUACCAAACAAGUACACCAGUAUUUUUUAAUUUUAUUAAUUUCAAAUAUAAACAUUUUUUCAAGCGCUUUCUUGAAAAUAUAAAGCAAGGUUUUGAAUAGAAAGCAAUACACCAAAAAACUAACAGUAUUUUUCUACUUUACAUGGUCAAUAUUGUUCUUAUUUUGCUUUAGUGAAAUGAAUGUAUUUAUUGCAUGUCUAAAUGUGUUAUAGGUCAUUGUUUUGUGUACAUUACAAUUGUGUCUUAAUAAAUCAUGUUUGAUAAGGCUUUUAUUUGUUUUAAGCCAUUGUGAGAAUUGUAUGUUUUUUGUUUGUUUCUAUACUCAAAAUCAACUUGGCAAUAAAAAUGAAUUUGCAUAAUG